GAAGCGGGCUUGAGUUGAAAGGUCACUUACGGAAUGGCCAAGAUGGCAGCCUCCAUGGUGGAGAAUGGUGAAGAUGCAUUUCGAAAAAUCUUCAAGCUGUACAGAAGAAGAAACCCUCCGCCGGAUCUCAGCGAUGUCAUUGACUUCUCUAAAGGUGGACCGAGUGACAAGAUAGUACCAGCUAAACUGGACCUUGCUGCAGUGAGUGAUGUGGACGCUGCAAGGGUUGGAUUAAAGCCUGUGAAAGACUGGAGAGCCUGUGGCCUGCAGGGCUACCCAGGAUUCAUCUUCAUCUCCAACCCGUUCCUGCUAGGCUCCCAACCCUCCUGGGUCAGACAUUGUCUGAAGACCUACCCUCAGAAGCCCAACGUCUGCAACCUGGACAUGCACAUGUCUCCCUCUGAGACCCAGGACAUCUGGGGCAAGAGUGUGCAUAGCCUCAGUCGUCCUCCCUCUGGAAAGAGUGAACCAAAGACUCUUCUGGAGAAGCUGCGCUGGGUCACUCUGGGCUACCAUUACAACUGGGAUACCAAGACUUACUCUGCCAACCAUUACACUCCUUUCCCAGCCGAUCUCCACUUGCUGUCCCUCCAAAUAACAGCCGCCUGUGGGUUCCCCGGGUUCAAUGCAGAAGCUGGAAUUCUCAACUACUACCGAUCAGAUUCUUCUCUGGGAAUCCACGUGGAUGAAUCCGAACUAGACCACAGCCGUCCGCUGCUGUCAUUCAGUUUUGGGCAGUCGGCCAUCUUCCUCCUGGGAGGCGUCUGCAGACAGGACCCCCCCAUUGCUAUGUACAUGCACAGUGGGGACAUGAUGGUGAUGUCGGGACAGAGUCGCCUCCUUUACCACGCUGUCCCACGCAUCCUUCCAGCACCCCAGGGACUUACAGCUUUAGAGAAGGAAGGGUGUGCCCCGGCCUCUUCCCUGCAGGACGACUCUGUGGUGGAGCCGGUGUCAGAGGAGGACUGGGCGGUGUGCUCCAGGUACAUCCAGAGCUCCAGAGUGAACGUGACUGUGAGACAGGUGCUGGGGCCUGGGCAGAGCUUCCCAGAAACCCCCUCUUCUCAGCAAAGGAUGGAUGCAGGCCAGACAGUGGGGUACCACGAUGGAGCAGCAGGUGGAGACAGCGGGAAAAGGAAGAGGAGUAGCAGCUGUGACUCUGCUGAUACUGUAAAGACAUGAAAAGAGCACACUGACUUAGAGACACAAUGCUGCAUCUGAUACAUGGUUAAAAAGCAGAAGCCACUCAAGUCCAAUGUGUUGUUGAUAGUUAGGCUGGGUCAGUGGUAACAUUUGUCCAUACAAGCUGCCUGCUUACUGAGAACAGGAAGGUCACAAACACAUUAUCCUAAAGAGUCAGGACAUAAGUUCAGACUGCACCACCUGCACAGAAAAGGUCCUAAACAUACAGCCAGUGAAAUGUUGAUUACUUCAAUCCAGCUGAUUCUGUUUCACUGCUGAAGAGCAGACUGAUGGAGAACUGCCUCACAAAAUGCAAGAAACCGAAAGAUGCCCUGAGGUCAGAGACUCCACACAGUCAUUGGUUACAAAGAAUUUGUCAUGAUAAAGUUAUUCAAAUUGAAAGACUGUUUAUAACAAUGGCUACCUUUAUACUGAAAUUAAAGCUGGAAGUCUAAAUCCAGAGUAAUUGAUGGUUUGUCGUUAAAAACAUUUUCUUGCCAUGGAUCUUUUUUUCUUUUAUUCUUAAAAACAACCUUCUGUAUGUUACAUGUUUUACCGUUAUAGUGCAUCAGCUUCUGAUUUGGUGUCUGUGGAACACACUAUGCAAUGAGGGAAUAUUAGUUAUUUCAGAUACUCACUUUCAACUUCAUUUGACCUUCAAAUAAAGUGGUUUAUAAAAUCUG